AGGGGUCGGGAGUGUAGGAGGGGGCUGUUCGACCGACCCUAAGAGGGGCAUGAACAAGGCAGCGUGGACAUGGCAAGGGGCAAGCGUGAGAAUUAACCGCCGCGAUGGCGGUGGCCCUGCCUCCUGCGUGACGUCGAGUUACGUCAUGGGCUGGGCCCUGACCGGCCGGGGCUGCCAAAGGAGCCGCCUGACGGCCGGAGCUGGCAGGUCAGUGCCCCCCUCCGCAGGAUAGCCCACAGCUGGACGGGAAGAGGGGAGCAGCGGAGUGGGGAAUGGGCUGUGAUGGUGCACUGGACAUUGAAAACUUGGUGCACAUUUCCGAAACCUUGGAGAACAUUGUGUCAUCAUGCUUUGGUCCACUGGGAGGUCAGGUGCUGUUCACUAGAGCUACGGGAGACAUCCUCAUCACCAGGGAUGGGGCCACCAUCUUAGAAUCUCUCCUGCUGGAUCAUCCUGCAGCCAGGUGGAUGGUGAACUGUGCUCUGCGCCACCGCCGGCAGACUGGAGACGGAGCCAAGUCCUUCCUGCUGCUGCUUACCGCCUUGCUGCGGGCAGCCCAAACCAAGGGAGCAGGAUUGCGGCAGCAGCUGGCUCGGGGCCUGGCCCAGCUGGAGCGAGACGUGCUGCCGCGGCUACUAGCCCAGGGGCUGGGCCCGCACUGCACCUCGGCCCUCGGCCCAGGACCGGCACAGCCACGGCGGGAGGCGGUGGCCCGCGUGCUGGUGGCCUACCUGUCGGGCCGGGUGGCUGAGGCUCAGGCCCCCCUCCUCACCGGCCUGGCCUGCGAGCUGCUGUGGCGGCUGUCGGACGGAGCGCCAGGCCCAGCACUGGACCUGUGUGUCAGCCACCCAACUGCACUGUUGGUGGUUGCGGGCGGGCUGUCGGUGGGUCACAGCCAGGUGCUGGAGGGGCUGCCGCUGAGCCGGGGGCUGGCUGUGCACAGAUGCCUGGGCCCCACCAAAGCCCUGCUGCUGUCGGGUAGCCUGGCACCGGCCCUGAGCGAGCCCGGCCUCACCCUGCGGCCCAGCUCAGCUGCCGCACUGGCCGAGGCCCGCCUCUGGGUAGCCAGCCGGCUGGAGCAGGACCUGGCCCGGCUGCGGGCGCUGGACAUCGGCCUGCUGCUUUCGGGGCCCCGGCAGCCAGACCGCGUGCUGGAGGCGGCCGAGGCCAGUGGCCUGGCUCUUGUUCACGGGCUGCCAGAUGACGAGCUAGCUUUGCUGGGGAGGCUGACAGGCACAUGGCCUGUGUCACAGGUGGCUGAGGCCCAGGCGGCCGACACUGUGCAAACCCGCUUCGUGCAGCCCCUGGGCACUGGACCCGGCCCGCAGCUGCUGCUGGGCUUGGCUGGAUGCCGUGACCUGCGGCCCCACUGCCUCCGUCUCUGUGCCCCAAUCCUUGGUCUGGCCCAGCAGCACCGGAAUGCCAUUGCCGGCGCCUACCAGCUGCUGACGCUUCUGCUGCCCAAGCGGGGGGAGCUGUGGUGGGAGGGGUCCAAGGUGGGUGACCCAGGCAGGGAGGCAGCUGAGACAGGGGACCCAGAGACCCCAGGGUGGGAGGAACCAGACCGAGAGGGACUAGACCCUGGGAAGGGCAGUCAGGGUCCAGACCCAGACAACCCAGGGAGGAAGAGAAACAUAGGGUUGAAGGGACCUAACCCAGGGAGCAGGAGGGAAGUCAUCAAGGCUGGGAGCCCAGGAUCGAAAGAUGAGCGAUCCAGCCCAGAGGCCCGGUGGAUGGAAAGGGAGGGAACCAAGGCAGAGGCCCCAGAGAGCAGCAUGAACAGACCUGGUGCAUGGGAGGGACCCUUCCCUGGAGCCCUGGAAAGGAAGAGUGAAGGAGAGAAUCCAGUAGGGGGCCUAAUGGUCCCAGGAAGGGAGGGUGAGAACUCUAACCCAUGUACACUGUGGAGGGAGGGACCUAACUUGGGAGACGGGAUGGUGGGACCCAAUCCUGGGGUCCCUUGGAGAGGGAGGGGGGCACCCUUCCCAGCGACCGCAGGAUUGGAGAGGGAGAGAGAUGAGCCAGAGAACCCAGGGCGGGAGAAAGAGGGAGUCAGUGCUGAUGUCCCAGGAAGAAUGAGGGAGGGAGCCAAACCAGACCCCCCAGGAUGGUGGCAGAGAGAUAAUCCAGAGACCCUAGGGACAGGGAGCAAGGGAUCCAAUGCUGGUCUCUCAAGGAGACAGAGGGAGAGCCAAUGUGCCUCUGACCUGGGAAAAACAGAAGCUCAAAACAAGGGCAAGAAUAGCCUCAGCAUUGAGCGAACACGGAGCGAGCCCUCCAGAGCUGUCCCCAGUCCCCCCACCCCUACACUCUCCCCCGAGCUCCCGUUUACUCACCCUGUCCUAGGCAACAGGGACGCGCCAAGUGAGUGGCAGCUGCCAGCUGGCUGUGUGCUGCCCCCAGGUGGGGCCUUCGAGUUCCUGCUGCACCACCACCUCCAGCAGGAGUGUGCCCGGCAGCUUCAGCCCACCAUGGGGCUAGCUUGCAGGGUGCUGGCACAGGCCCUGCUGAACAUCCCCCUGCACCUCUACCGAGGCCCCAGCCCCGGCAGGGAACUCCUACAGGCCCACACCAAAUUCCUGCAGCAGCUCCGGGAGGGGCAGGUGAUGCCGGGGGAUCAGGGGUCGCUGGAGGUGGUGGCAGCCAAGGUGCAGCUAGUGAGCUCCACCCUGCAGUGCCUGAGGGGCCUGCUGAAGGUGGACAGGGCCGUGGCGGUGCGCGGCAGGCUGGCCAGCAGGGGGAGGGCAGAAGACGAGGACCUGGAGUGAACGGAAACGCCAGCCGCCACUGGGUAGCUUCCCAGUCAGAGACGACUGACACCUGAACCACAGCUUAUUGUGAGCAAGGGUGCCUGUCUCUGAUGGAUCCAGUGCGAGACCUGUGGGACCACACUGGGCACCACAGGUCAGCAGAGCCCGAGAGUGUAACCGGACAAGCAGCAGUUAUAUUCAGCCCAUCUAAACGAUCCAUUAACUCACCGAGCUGCUGUCCUUGCCACAAUAUCUCACAAAUCCAGCUUCAUUGGAUAUUUCUACAGUUCCUACCAAACUUUUGGGGAAAAGAAACAUAUAUGAACUAGUGGCUUAAAAACACCAAAUCUUUUUAUAAUUAAGGCAUCCAGAGAGGUAUGGUUAAAGAGACACAGCAGUGGACACAAAUUGAAAGGCUGACAUGUUGCUUUCACAUGUACUUACACAUUCCAUCCACACAUAGAGACACACAUACACACACACACACACACACAGGCAAAGUUUA